UGCAGGCCGAGGGCGGUGUUUGAGGUCACCCUGGAGACCGGCCGCGGAGUCCCCAGGGAGUGCUCUGGCCGCCGGGGGCACCGAGGCCUGGGAGGCAGCAGCCACGCCGCGCGCCUCUGCCCGCAGUGGGCGAGCGUGAGGUCCGGGAGGACCAGGCGGCGCCUCCGCAGCUGCCCCAGCCCAGCCAGGUUACGAUGAUGUCGAACGUUACUAAAAACAGAGCUGCUCGGUCCCGGUCACUGAAGAAAAGGGGGAGUCUGUCUUCUCUAAGUAGUCAUGAAUUCUGGAGGAAAGAGCUUCAAGGGCGCACCAAAGACUCUCUGAGUACUGUGUCUUAUAUGGAUGAACCUAGCCAACACGACGAUGGCUCGCCUCGCCUUACAGUUCAUUUGGAAAACACCUACCAGUUGGGUCCUACCAAACACUUUCCUGUGGUCACCGUCAAUCAUAUUUUGAAAGAUGUUUUAACCAAUUAUCUCCAAGAGGAAGAAUAUGAACCAGAGCUCUGUAGACAGAUGACUAAAACAAUUGCUGAGGUUAUUAAAGCCCGGGUCAAAGACUUGAUGAUUCCACGGUAUAAACUAGUUGUGAUUAUUCACAUUGGACAACUGGCCAAUCAGAGCAUACUUAUUGGAAGCAGAUGCCUCUGGAACCCUAAAAGUGAUAACGUUUCAUCUUACAUUUUCAGAAACACUUCUCUUUUUGCACUUGCAAAUGUCUAUGCAGUUUACCUUGAGUGAUUGAAAAUAAAGAAAUCUAGACCUGACUUUUUAAAAUCAUGAAAUGGGAACUGUCUAUGGACAUAAAAGUUUUACUGCUGAAAACUGUUAUGAAACAACACAAAUACUUCAAAUAGGAGGAAGCUUUGGGACUCUUUCAUACACUUUUAAGGAUUGAGGGAGAGAGGAGUGGCAGAAGAAAAACUUUUUUUAUCCAAAGCGGGAAUUAAGUUUUAGUUUUGCUAGAUCGUUUUUCACAGACAUAAGAUUCUUAUUAAAUAUUACUUUUGGCACUAAUUAUUUUAAUUACUCUUUAAUUAAAGAGAAUUUCCUGCAUUACUUUUUAAUGAAGAGAAGCUUCUAUAUACCCUGACCAAUAAAUGACAGUAGAACAUUCUGCAUGGUAUACACAAAUGAUAAAUGUUAAUAUGCCUCCAUGCUGCAUAUAAAAGAAUACUGGUUUUCAUUUUGCACUUAAUAAAUUGAGCAGCAUUCAUUAACUGCAAUUAUUGUUACA